ACUGAGCUUCUGGCACAUAGCCGUGCUGCUCCUAGCGUCCGCACCUUGCAAGCACAGCAGUCACCUUCCAACCUCUGCGACUCUCCUCCGCUCUUUCUCGCUCAGUUGCAGUUAUUCUGCAGGAAGGAGGGGACCGCCGACUUUCCGCUUCGCCCGAAUACAUAUCGGAGGAGUUUUCCACGCUGGGAAAUUUGGAGGUUUUGUUUUCGCUACCCGCAAAAGAGUCUAUGCUCCACGAAAGACACGCGGCUGGUCGCUACCGAGCCAGAGAGGGCUGCCGUGCGUCUUGGUGAUGAGGUUGGGGGCGCACAGCCGAGACAGCAUUAAAGGAAUCCCUCUGUAUCUGAAGAAACCGCCCCAGUAAGGGACAAUAACGGGGGGGAGAACUGCGGGAACUGGUGUCGGCUGGGACGCUAUCAUUUCGACUAGGAUGCAUCUCUUCAGUGCCAUGUUCCUGCUUGUGAUGUUAGCUGUCAUGCACUGUGAGGCUCUGUACCCAAGCCCAGAGGAGGGCUGGCAGAUCUACAGCUCGGCACAGGACGCAGAUGGGAAGUGUAUCUGUACCGUGGUCGCACCAGCCCAGAACAUGUGUAACCGCGACCCACGCAGCAGGCAACUUCGCCAGCUCAUGGAGAAGGUUCAGAACAUUAGCCAGUCAAUGGAGGUGCUGGACCUGCGGACGUACAGAGAUCUACAGUAUGUAAGGAACACUGAGGGACUAAUGAAAGUGGUGGAUGGAAAGCUGAAGGUGGCCUCGGAAAAUCCCCGCAGUCUCAAUCCAAAGGGCUUUCAGGAGUUGAAAGACAAGGUGACCCAGCUGCUCCCCCUGCUGCCAGUGCUGGAACAGUACAAGACGGACGCCAAGAUGAUCCUGCGUCUUCGGGAGGAGGUGAGGAAUCUGUCCUUGGUGCUGAUGGCCAUUCAAGAAGAGAUGGGGGCCUAUGAUUAUGAGGAGCUGCGCCAGAGAGUCCUGCUGCUGGAGACCAGGCUCCACUCCUGCAUGCAGAAACUAGGCUGUGGAAAGCUGACUGGAGUCAGUAAUCCCAUCACAGUACGUGCAUCAGGGUCAAGGUUUGGCUCCUGGAUGACCGAUACCAUGAUCCCCAGCUCAGACAACAGAGUGUGGUCCAUGGAUGGUUACUUCAAGGGACGGCGUGUCCUGGAAUACCGCACAAUGAAUGAUUUCAUGAAGGGCCAGAACUUUGUGCAGCACUUGUUGCCUCACCCCUGGGCAGGCACUGGUCAUGUGGUCUAUAACGGUUCACUGUACUACAACAAGUACCAGAGCAACAUCAUCAUCAAGUACCACUUCCGUUCUCGAAGUGUGCUGGUGCAGCGCAGCUUAAGUGGGGCCGGCUAUAACAACACCUUUCCCUACUCCUGGGGUGGCUCCUCUGACAUCGACCUGAUGGCGGAUGAGAAUGGCCUGUGGGCCGUUUACACCACCAUCCCCAAUGCUGGAAACAUUGUCAUCAGCCGCCUGGAGCCCCAGAGUCUGGAAGUGCUGCAGACUUGGGACACGGGCUUUCCCAAGCGCAGUGCUGGAGAGUCUUUCAUGAUCUGCGGUACACUUUAUGUCACCAACUCCCACCUGGCUGGUGCCAAGAUCUACUUUGCCUACUACACCAACACAUCAAGCUAUGAGUACACAGACAUCCCCUUCCACAAUCAAUACUCCCACAUCUCCAUGAUGGACUACAACCCCAGGGAGAGGGUCCUGUACACCUGGAACAAUGGACACCAGGUGCUCUACAAUGUCACACUGUUCCAGGUUAUUAAGACUUCUGGGGACUAAGAGCCCUCAGACUGACCCACUCAAAUAAUGCUGUGAUUUUUGUUCGGGGAGGGCAAAUGAGUUGUGGAGGGGGGUAGGGCUAUGGUUGGUGCGGUUUGGGGGGCUUCAGUGUAUGGGCAUAGGCUUGGAUUUUUUUUUUAAAGAAUUUCAAUCUUCAUAGAGUGCUAUUAUUCACAUUCUCAAAAAAAAAAAAAACACUCCGGCAGCAAGGUCGGUAAAGAUACAAAGACUGAGCGCUUCUCUUAUUUUUCUUUCUGUGAUGAGUAAGCAUGGUUCUUUUUAUUUGUGAUGAGAAAUAAAUAUCAGUCUUUACCAUUUAUGACUUUGUAUUUCAUUGUCACUUUCAUUUCAAGUAGACCUUUACUGUAUCUCGGAGGGGUGAACAACAAAGGAUAAACUCUGUGUUGUAAAAACAUGGCUUCAAACUUUGAUGUGUGUACUCCCAAGGUGGGUUCUUCUUAAAAAGGUAUAAAUAGGUGUACCAUUUCUUUUUUUAGUUAUGAUUAUUGUUUCUUUUAUUUCUUCUUGGAUGAGGGGACAUGCAAAUAUGUAUUCCUUGUGGCUCACCGAAUCCUAUCGAUAGAACGAUAGAAAAUGUGUUUAGAAUAAAUUACAGCUGUUUUUCAUGAAAUCUAAAAUACUUCACAUUUUAAAAUGUCCAAUGGCAUAAUUUCAAUGGAAUAAUUGCAUCUAUUUGGUGAUACUGAGUGGCUAUUACCACCACAGCCGAAUCAUAAAAUAAUGAGGUGACAGCAUGUGAAUACUGACAAGUCACUCUCCAAGGCUGCAUUGGACCAUAUCUUUGAAAACAUUCCAUCCAAUUUUUUUCCAUCUAAAAAAGGCCAGGCCAUACAUUUCUGUGUAAUAAAACAGUGUUCAAUUUAACUGCAAUAGCCACAGCUUACAUUUUAUGUUCCAAAGUGAACUGAAAAUGAAAGCAAAACAUCUGCAGGAGCAGGUGGUGCUGGGAAGGGUCGAGAAGCACAAACAGGGAAGGGGAGACGAAAUGUAAAAGGAAUUCUAAGAGCAUUUACAUUUGAGAAAUGAGGCUUCACAAUUGCUGUUGCAUGUCAAGCUCCAAUCUGUUUUAAUCUUGUUAGUUGCACGGCUCCCCUAGGGUGCUCUCUACAGAAAAAUGUUCAAACACAAGGCAUACAGUGGGACACUGCUCACAUGAAAGUCUCAAACUAACCUUUUAUUGCAUCUUUGUUAUUAUUAGCUACUGAAAAUAAUUCUGAAGCCACAUUGGCACUGUGCUGUCAAUUUUAUUCUUUUCAUUGAUAACACUCCUAAGGGUGCAUUCAUUCUUUGAAGAGUCAGUGGUGGACACAGAAGACAUACAAUAAAAUAGGAGGUUCCAUUUUUUCUUUCCUUGAUUAACCAUGGUGAUCUUAUUCAUCCGGAAUGACCUUUCUAUCAAUAAAGUGCUGUGCUGAAGAGAA